UGUAACUCCCAGAGUCUGUACAGCAUGUGAUCCCAGCUAAGCUGGUUUGCCAAACAACCACCAUUAAUAAACACAUAGACAUGGUGGAAGACAAGUGGUUUCCAAAAAAGGAAAAAGAAUUCCAAACAAGUUUGGAGAAAGUUUAAAAGGGAGUGUACAAGACAUACAGUUAAGGUUAGGGGUGGGGUUUGCCUAUGUCUUUUCUUUGUAGAGCCUAUCCCUUAGAGAUCUCCAUCCUGCAGCUACACCCUUCUCCGUUUAAAGGAAUCAGAACAAGAACAAGAACACAGCAAAGAUGUCCAAUUCCAGAAAAGUGGUCAAGUUGUACUAUGAUGUCAUCUCUCCUUAUUCCUGGCUGGCAUUUGAGGUGCUGUGUCUGGAACAUCGACCUCAAAUUCAAAUCGGCAUUUUUAGGAGGAGUCUUUCAUGGUUCAGGUAACCUGGAACCUGGAUUGGUCCAAAAUAAGUUUUGUUACAUGGUCACAGAUUUGAAGCAACUGUCUGAGUUCUUUGGGGUCCCUGUGAAUCCACCUUGGCCUUUUACAAAAGGCACUUUGAAUGUGAUGCGUUUUGUGACAGCUGUAGAUGAGAAAGAAAAAGAGAGAGGCGUGCUGGUGGAAAGGGUGUCUAGAGAGCUCUGGAAGAAUAUCUGGUGCACUCAUCAGGACAUUACCCACCCUGCCACACUCACUGAGGCAGGAUUAAAGUCAGGUCUCUCAGCCAAUGAGGUGGAGGAACUUCUAAUCCUUUCCAAAUCUCAGCAAAUCAAAGACAAGCUGAAAAAUGUGACACAAGAAGCACUGGACUAUCAAUCUUUUGGCCUUCCAUUCAUUGUGUGUCAUGUGAACGGGAAGACUGAGGUCUUCUUUGAUUCUGACAGAUUUGAGCUCAUGGCCCAUCGAAUCGGUAACUAAGGAUGUAAACCUGA